GGUCUCAAACACUUCAUUCGACAUUCAGACAUUUCGAAAAAUUGUUGAAGCUCGCGGAGCAGUGUGUGUUUUUUUUUCAAAAAAAGACUUUUCCACCACAUCAAACCCUACAUUUUGGUUCCAACACUUGCUCUAAUUGCAUGGAGCAAGCCCAAUCGGCGAUAUUAGGCCAUAUUCCACCGAAUUAUUUCCUUAAAUUGCAUUUUUAGAGAGUGCUUAACAAAAAAUAAGUAUAAGAACCUGCCAGGAGAAAAAAAAACACUCCACAAUUAUUCUCAAGUGUCUGUGUGUGUUGUGUGACUAGAUAUUUUUUUUGCCUCUUCUUAAAUAUAAAUAUAAUCUAAUCUUUGUAAAAAAGAACACAGGAAAGACUUAGAAGAAAGAACGGAAAGACGUUUGGAUUGAGAGGGCAAAAAAAAGUGAAUUCUUAUAGUGGACUCCUUCUGAGUGACCGUCGUGUGACUUGUCUGGUGAAAAUUUCUGAAAAGUCCUCCAGAAAAGUUCGCACCCUAGAAAAAAAAAACGUUUUUGAGCAAAAAAGGCGUGAAUGUCACGAAAAAUCUUCCAUCUGAAACACCUAUAGAAGUCAAUAAAAUUUCAGUAAAUGUUCAAAACAAGUGGAUAAAAGUGUGUGUUGCGCGAUAUUCUCCUUCAAAUAUAUUUCAACACUUGUGACUAUCCGCACACCAACGAAGGAGGAAUUCUUUCAAUUUCUGCUGCUUUUCCACCCCGUAGGACACACUUGCUGUGGCUUAGAGGAGGAAAAACCUCAAGCUAAGGAGGGAAACUGGUGAUUUUUUUACUGGGAGUCUUGAGUAAGAAAAAACUUUCCAUUUGGUAGCCAUUGGAAGAGAAUUUAAGUAGUGCGCACAAGAAGCUUCAUUAGAAGCUGAGAAUCAAGGUAAAAAAAAAUCUGGGACAAGAUGCUGGCACAGCAGUACUGUCUCAAGUGGAAGUAUCACCACACCAAUCUUCAGACAAUGUUUUCGCAACUCCUGGACCGUGGUUGCUUCUGUGAUGUGACAUUAGCAUGCGAAGGACAAACUCUAAAAGCCCACCGUGUUGUCCUUUGCGCAUGCAGCACAUACUUCGAUGCAAUCUUGACAAAUUGUGGCAUCGAAAAAGACCCAAUUGUUAUCAUGAAGGAUGCCAAAUUCUCCGAUAUCAAAUGCCUGAUUGAAUUCAUGUACAAAGGAGAAAUUAAUGUUGAACAUGCAAAUCUAGCAUCACUCCUGAAGACAGCAGAAGAACUGAAGAUCAAAGGUCUGGCUGAGGUGUCCUGGCGUGAAGAUGAACAAUCAGAACCAAAGCCAAGUGAAAGCCGAUCAAGUAACACAAACAAUCAAACCAACGUAAAUAAAGAGGAACCUAGAGAAAGUAAUCAGAAUGAGAGCAGCAACGCCCAGAUGCCCUUCCUAACACCCCUCCGAUCAUUCAAUCAGCAAAAUGGAAAGAACAAUGGACUGCCGGCAAAGAGGAAACGCGGACGUCCGCCACUAGAUGGUGAAUUUGAGAACUACAGUACACCAAAAAUUUCCCACGUUGAAAGCCAGGCAUCAUCAGCCUACUCCGACAGUUCCCAUCUCGUUUCCGUGAUGAUGGACGAGGACAAUUCCAAGGAUCUCAUGUCACAGAGCUAUCAGGAUAACGACGGAGGACUUUCGUCGCAAAUUGACUACGAGGAGGAGGCUCCUAUGGGAGCAAAUUUGGUGCCAAAAAAAGAGAGACCAGAGACUCCUGGAGACUACAUUGUUCCCGGCGAUGGCGAAAUGGACGACGAAGACGAUGACGAAUCAGUUCCAUAUAGUCCAGGAGGGAGUGGAAAUUCCCUUCUUCAUGUCACACUUACAGCACAAGAACGGGCAGAGUGGCGGGAUGUAAUAAAAAUGAGCGAAUAUCUUAAACAGGGACGACGACAGCAAUUCUGGGAGGAAACAUUCACAAAACGUGUCAUGGAAGCAAUCAAAUCAAAGAAUUUGGAAAUGAAAAAGGCCGCACAAUUGUUGGGUGUCUCAUAUGGGACACUCUAUGGACGAUAUCGGGAAACCUACGGAUGCCUCAAGCAUCCGUACAGGGGACCUUUCACGAGAAUGAUAGAUAUGUGGCAACAUGUUGAACAAGGAACAGCAGAUAUUAUUGGCAUUUUACAGAGAACUAUGCCACGUAAUAGUACACCUACAGAAUUUCUCCUUUCUAAUCCAGGAUCAACACCUAAACUUCUAGAUCAAAAACCACAGCUCCAAAUGCCAGAGCUAAAUUCAACAUUUGACCAACAUGGAGAGUAAAAUAAUUCCCCGUAAUCUUAUAACUUUUCACAAUAGGUAACCUUAGUAAUAAAUAUUUUAACUUAAAAAGAAUGUAAUGAGUAAAUGAAAAAGAAAGAUAAAACAACAAUUGACUGAUCAACAAAAUGGAAAACAAAAAAGAACACAUUAGUACGAGGCGAGUAUUUUUAAUAAAUUAAAAUUACAAAAAAAAAGUAUUUUGUAGAAAAUGAAAUACAAAGAGAACAACUGUAUAUAGAAUUAUUCUAUAGUAAUUUUUUUUCUUUAAUUGAAAAAAAAAAGAAAUAAAAAGAAACUUAGUUGGAAAUUAUGAGAAAAAAAUAUUAAAUACAUAUUUAUAAAAGUUAUACAUUUACGGAAUUAUAAUUAGUGUAUACUCGCUAAAUUUUGAAUAAUGAAACUUUAAUAGUUUUCUUUCCUCCUAUGUUUUCAUAGACGUAAAACCUAAUUUAUUUUUCAAUUAGUUUCGUUUUUUUUUUAUUUAGUGAAUUUCACAAUAAAAUAUAAUACUGAAGGAAAAA